CGGAAAAACCGGUGCCUUCACCCUUUUAAACCAGAACAAAAUUGUAGGAAGAAACUCCCAAGAGAAAUCAGAGGAAAAAAAAAAUCACCAUUUUCCUCUCAUUUCUCUUUCUUUUCCAUAAUUCAAGAAUCCAUUUUUCACUCUCAUCCACAUAAAAAACACACACAAAAUGGGCUGUGGAGAAUCAAAGCACGCUGUUGCAACACAAAACACCAUCACCAAGAGCAAGAGCAAGAGCAAGAGCAGGAGCAUCAAAAACCAAGAAACAAAAGCUCCUGAAAUCCCCCAAAAUGGUGGAAACGUGGCUGCAAAUGCUGUCAAGGAUUCAGAGAGUUUGAAGAAGAAUGAAAUCCAAGCUGCUGAGAUCUCCAAGAAGAUAGAAUCCGAGGUUAAGGCCGAGGAAGGAGAUGUCAAGAGAGAGGAGGCUGCAGCUGUUGUUGAGGUUGUGCAGGAGAAGAAGGAAGAAAUCAUCAAGAAUGAGGAGUUGAAGGAAGAGAAAAAAGAGGAGGUGAAGGCUGAUGUGGAGGAGCGAGAAAGCGCUGCAGCCACCGAGGUUGUGCAGGAGAGAGAAGAAGAGAUCAAGAAUGAGGGGUUGAAGGAAGAGAAGAGAGAUGAGGUUAAGGCUGAUCAAGAAGAGAAAGAAGAGGUGGUCUCUCAACAAGUAGAAGAUGAGUCCUCUUCUUGUGCUAAUGAGAAGAUCUCCGAGGAAAAGAACGACGUCGUUGAGGCAGUAGGAAAGGAUGCAGAUGAAGGGAAUGCAGAAAAAGAAGAGGGCCUUAAGGUGGAGGAGAGCAAAGAGUUGGAACAAGAAACAAAGCCCUCAGCGGAAGAGAAGAAACCUGCUGAUCAAAAUGAGGCCGGCGAUGCUGCAGCGCCACCAGCUGAUGUGAAGGCCAACUGAAGGAGAAAUUUAUAGGAGAUUGAUUGACCACACACUUCAAACUUUCUUUGUUCAUCAACAUCUCUAGACUUGUUGUAUUCAUGUAUUUGAUUAUUCAUAAUGGUGAAUUUGUCACACCUCCUAUAUCAAAAUUUUCAGACUAUUUAUUUCUUGGCCUCAGUUGCUUUGAUACAGAAUCUUGAAAGUCAUCAAAUGUGUUUUUUCUUCUCUCAGCACUAAUGGAAAAUUGAUGUAUUUUCUUGAA